AUGGGUCAAAUAUGUGCACUGAGUGUAAAGUACCAUACAAUGGUUACUCAGCUAGAAAAUGGCCUACAACCUACGAGAAAUUUAAAAACAAAAUACCUAUUAAAUUCCAAGCGGAUCAAACGGGCAACUGAACACCAUGAAGCUGGUAUACUGAGUGUUUGGCAAUUUUUGGUAACAUGCUCUCAUUGUAGUGCAACUUAUGAACGUAGGCAAAGGAAUUGGGCACUGGGUAUUCAAAAUGGUGAAGAGUCGGAUGAUAAUCAAGUAGCUGAAAAUGACAUUGAUGAAAUUCCUCCGGUAAACAUUGUAGCAGAACAAAAUGAAGAACCUGAACCAAAUCACCCAAUUAGGCCAAGUGUCUGCAUGGCAUGUAACAUAGUUACAACUGGAGAAGAUGUGGCUCAAUAUAUUGUUUUGCCAUGUGGACAUGCGUGGUUGUGUACCACAUGUGUUGGGGUCUUAGAGAACCAAUAUCCUGUAAGAUGUCCUUUAUGCCGCGGGGAUGUUGAUGUUUUUCAACGAAUGUUUUUAUUAACUUAA